AUGUCUCGAUGUUUAAGUUCUGAAGAAUUAAUUGAGGUUUUCACUGCACUUGAUUCGAACGGAGAUGGUGUUGUCAGUCGGCAGGAAUUAACUACAUGUCUAGUGAAAGCUGGACUGUCCAUGGCAAAAGUUGAGCAAGUGAUGAAACAAUUGGAUAUCAAUAGAGAUGGUUUCAUUACUCUUGAUGAAUUUAAAACAGCUUUAGGAUUAAAUAAAGAACCUGAAGCUGAAUGGAGACGUCUUUUCAUCCAAAUGGAUCAAGAUCGUAGUGGUGAAAUCGAUGUCAAUGAAUUACAAUCUUUAUUCGAUGAAGCUGGAAUGACCGUAUCACGUUCAGUGUUAGACGAAUGGAUACGUGAAAAUGAUGUGGAUGGUAAUGGAAAGCUUAAUUUUGAAGAGUUUUAUUCAUUUGUCUUGUCAAACUUAUGA